GCGGUGCUUACCGUGCCGCCCGAGAUAGUCACUUAGUCAAAUGCCGAUCGCCGAGCAGGACGAUCGCUCGACACGCUCCCGCCAAUUUCCCCGAUCCACCUGGACAGGACGACUUCCUCGUCCCUAUUCGCGAAAAUUCCCGUACGCGAGCGCCGCCGAGCCGACCCGGAAACGCCCGAGGGUGAGUCGGACGCGCCGCCCUUAUCUGAACCCCCUCCACGCACACAUCGGCGCCCGUUAGACAGCAUCGCGACGCUCGACAGAUCGUACGCAAUACCUGCACCAAUCAAACCGAUCAUAACUGAUAUCAUGAGUGCGGCUAGUUGAAGUGUUCAGAAUAUUGUUCUGAGGUGGACGGUGACUAGUGCUGUGAUUAUGUCCAGAAGGAAGCAGGCGAGGCCGAAUCGCCUUCUGGAGGACGAGGAGGGUACUGGUGCACCUCCGGUUUUUCCUGCUGCUACCGGUGAAGCGUGCUCGGAUGCGACGGUGCCGCCGCAAGAACUACCCGAAGUAUUGAUGUGUCAACGUUGUCAAGAGCAGUUCACCGAUGUGCAGGAGUACGUGACGCAUAAGGACGAGUGCGAUAAGAAGGCCAUCAAACACGACGAUCCUGCGCACUCCGAUCCAGAAGACAUGGUUGUGUCCGAAGAGGAAGAAGAAGAAGAUGACGAGGCCGGCGAAAAAAGCAUAGAGCGCAUGCGGAGGCAUCGUCAAGAUGCCGCCAACAACAACAGCGUGGAAGAAAACUCGCCGGACGAAAACGAUCCGGAAAUCGGAUUUCCAUUUCCAGUGCCGGCACCUCCUGGACAUGUCACGCUAGAAGCACUUCAAAACACGAAAGUUGCUGUAGCACAAUUCGCAGCAACUGCCAUGGCUAACAAUACAGACAACGAAACUGCCUUACAAGACCUCGCAGUUCUACAAUCGACCCUGUUCACUUUGCAACAUCAACAAGUCCUGCAGCUUCAACUGAUAAAUCAGCUGCAACAUCAGCUUCAGAUCGACAGAACGAAGGAGGAUGAGACAACCUCCCCUCCCUCGCCUCCCCAAUCAGAAAACGAAGCUGAGAACACUCCAGCGGAAUCCCCACCUCCGAUCCAUCAAGAAUUGAACAGAUCGUUGACCCCUGCCCCAACGCCAGUAGUUGUGCCUCCCCCUAUUAUUCCACCAAUAGCCCAACAAAUUCUCACUGAAUCCACACCGAAACUAGAAGUGAGUGUCCCUACUUCUUUGCCCCCACAGAUAAUACCUCCUAUGUGUUCUAUCUCAUCCUCAUUAGCAUCGACUAUCAUCACACAUACCGAUGAGCAAACAUCAGAAGCACCCAAUACUCUGGAGAUGCUGCAGAAGAGGGCGCAAGAAGUAUUGGAUAACGCUAGUCAAGGAUUGCUGGCCACGAACCUGGCUGACGAACUAGCAUUCAGGAAAAGCAAAGGCUCCAUGUCACCGUACGACUCGAAAGGUCGCAACGAACCAUUUUUCAAACAUCGUUGUAGAUACUGUGGAAAAGUAUUCGGUUCCGAUUCCGCACUUCAAAUACAUAUCCGUUCCCAUACCGGCGAACGACCUUACAAGUGCAAUGUUUGCGGAAGUAGAUUCACUACUAAAGGAAAUUUGAAAGUUCACUUUCAGAGACAUAGUCAGAAAUUUCCCCAUAUCAAAAUGAAUCCCAAUCCGAUUCCAGAACAUUUAGACAAAUACCACCCGCCUUUAUUAGCACAGCUCGGACAACAGUCCUCCCUUUCUCCCGGAGGUCCUCCCCAUCCACCCCAUAUGGGAUUUCCAAGCAGUCACCCCUUCCCUCCUACAUCUCUACCGCUUUUCAGGCCUCAAGUUCCACCUCCAGAACUGAUCAACAGUAGGCUUCAGCCAUCACCUCAUCGACUUCUCGAUCCUCCCUCCAGACUUUUUCCUCCUCAUCCACUGUUUUUGAAACGUGAGGAGCAAGACACGCCUGCCGAUCUCAGUAAGCCUCAAAGGUCACCUACUCCUGUCGAAGACAGGCCACUUCGGGAACAUGAGAUGGAAGACAUUCGAGAAAGGGAAUCGAAUGAAGAGCAGAAAACACCAAGUAUGUCACAGAUAAUGCCAAAACAAGAACCCAGUUUGACUGAUAACGAGAAUGAUCAAGAACCCGAACGGUACCUUUCGCCAGGACCAUAUGAUGAAUGCAGCAACAGCAGUAAGUUCAGCAACGAUGAUAUCAUGGAUCAAAGAAGUCCUGGUGGAGGAGAACCAUCUGAGAAUAUGCAAGAUGAACCCGAGAAUUUGUCUCACAGAAGUAAUAACUCAGUUACUGGACCAUUGAGCAUAUCAACUGGUCAAAGGUUGCCAGCCAAUUUUUCAUUUGGAAACGCCAGCUCUCCACCGAGUAGUACUUCCUCGGGCAGUUUGGGACAAUACCCCAUGAAUCCUCUUCAUGACAUCACUAAAGAUCCAUCUAUUUAUACAAAUCUACUACCGAGGCCAGGCAGUAAUGAUAAUUCCUGGGAAAGUCUCAUCGAAGUGACGAAAACCUCAGAAACGAGUAAGCUGCAACAACUAGUGGACAAUAUCGAACACAAGUUGUCGGAUCCCAACCAAUGUGUGAUUUGCCAUCGAGUAUUAUCGUGUAAAAGUGCUCUGCAGAUGCAUUACCGAACGCAUACGGGUGAAAGACCUUUUAAAUGUAAGAUCUGCGGUAGGGCGUUCACUACCAAGGGCAACCUGAAAACACACAUGGGGGUCCAUAGGGCGAAGCCACCGAUGCGUGUGCUCCAUCAAUGCCCCGUGUGUCACAAAAAGUUCACCAACGCUUUGGUACUCCAGCAACAUAUCCGCUUACACACCGGCGAACCCACUGAUCUCACGCCGGAGCAGAUCCAAGCUGCAGAAAUCAAAGACUUUCCCUCACCUGGGGGGUUCCCGAAUCUACACAAUUCCAUGCAUCCAUUCCUCGGUCCAGGCUUCCACGUUCCUGGACUAUCACCUUUAGGCCAUUCCGGCAUGCCGAUGAACAUGAAGUACGACGUCAAAUCGGAGCAGGGGAGUAUGGACGAUGACGACGACGAUGAUGACGACAUGAGUACGUCGGAGCAUCACAAUAUACCGCCGUAUACUUCGUCGCCUUCUGAUAUGCAGAACCUCAGUAUGCCGGCGAUGGCGACUCAGUUUUCGAUGGACGGGUUGAAUUGUUCGGCAGAGGAUCUCUGCUCGAAUAGGACUGCGGCUUCUCCUCCACCUCCUCCACCUCCAAUGCAAAACGGGGAGAAAUCUCCAGCUCGGUCUGGGGUUACUAGUCCAGGGAGCUCGGAAAUCAGGUCACCAAAUCAGACCCCCGUCCAGAUCCCAAGGCCGCCUUCGUCCCAGCCGGCAGGAAGCCCCGCCCCCUCCGACUGCUCCAUGGGCGCCCUGGACCUGACCCCGCGCAGUCAGCCGCCCACGAGCAGCCCAGGGCCCGCCACUCCCAGCAGCGUGCCGCCACUUUUCCCGUCGUUCGGGCUGCUGCCGACCGCGGGCGGGCAAUCGCCGCUGAUCUCGUCUGCGCAGUCGCCGCUCAUCUCGUCUGCGCUGUCGUCGUUGACGUCGUCGGUGCUGAACUCGACGCCGUUCAGCUCGUUGAGGCUGGCCGUUGGACCCAUCGGGACUUUGGGCCGGGGCAACACCACCUGCAACCUCUGCUUCAAGACCUUCGCCUGCCACUCGGCCUUAGAGAUCCACUAUAGGAGCCACACCAAGGAGCGACCCUUCAAGUGCACUGUGUGCGACCGUGGAUUCUCCACCAAGGGUGGUUGUAACUGUACGCAGAGGCGUAUCCAGGACGAAGUGGAACCUAGGCGGUCACGAAAGCCAAAACCUGCCCUUCGCACAUCUAUCCCAUCUGUAAUUCCGUUACCUAUGACGCCUGGAUACGCCUCAAACUGGAUGCAAAUGGCGGGAAACAUGAAACAGCACAUGUUGACGCACAAGAUACGCGACAUGCCGCAGCACAUGUUCGACAAUAGACCUCCGUCGUUGAGUGGGGACGAUUCCGCUUCGUUGCCUCCUGGAACUCCCCACAGAGAAGCGCCAUCUAGCGACGGGGAGCAGCAGCAGCAGCAUCAACACCAGCAUCAGCAACCAAGCCAAUCUCCCCAAGCUCCUCAAGUCCCCCUGCCACCUUCUCCGCAAGUCAAAAAUGAAAUGGAGCAACCGCCAAUCAAAAGAGAGCCUACUGAGACUGAACUACCUUUGCCGAAACGCCCUCCAAGCUUACAAUCAAGUAAGCACUUGUGCCACGUAUGCAAUAAGAACUUCUCAUCUAGUUCGGCCCUCCAGAUACACAUGAGGACCCAUACAGGCGACAAACCAUUCAGAUGUACCGUCUGUCAGAAGGCGUUCACCACCAAGGGCAACCUGAAGGUACACAUGGGAACACACAUGUGGAGCAAUGGGGCAUCCAGAAGAGGUCGCCGCAUGUCCCUCGACCUUCCCCCCAUUCCCAUGACCCCCAAGGAUUCCGAAUUUCUUCAACGGAGACCAGAUCUCUUCUACCCGUACCUCCCGGCUCCGUUCCUUAACGGAAUGCAACAAAAGCUGAACGAAAUCUCCAUGGUCCAAUCGACCCAGAACGGCCUCUCCACCCCCAACAAGUACAGUGGCCUGCUCGGGUUCGGCUACCCGCCGCCCGAGGCGCUGCGAUCGCGCCCGACCUCGCCCGAUCCGCCAGGCCGCGACGCCGAUCCCAGGGCGCUGUGGGACCUGCACUUCGAGCGCAAGGGCGCUGGGGAGGCGCCCAGGGAAGACUUGAUGGCGCCGGCGGCCACGCGUGAAGGGCUGGCCGCCUAAGGCGGUAUGGAGCAGGGCUGUUUCGGUCAGUACUUUAGUACUAUUCGAAGAUGUUCAGUACCAGAGUACUUUUUGAUGGAAUUCAGUACUAAUUGAGUUUUGAGAUCAUUGGGUUCACAUUGUAUGCCAAGUCCGAGAUAAGUUAAGGCUGCCACACAAUUGGUUCAAGAUUUGAUAUACAGGGUGUCCCAAUACACCUGCCAAACUUAACCAGCGGCUUCUACGAUCAAAAAUAGGCAGAAAAGUUUCAAUGAACAUGAGGCGAGAAAUGUCUCCUAAGGGAGCUAUGGCCCCAUGAAAGGGGGCUCCUGAAGAUGAUAUUUCUUCAGUAUUUCCGAAACUCCAUGUGAUGAAAAUAUCCAAUUUGCAACAAGAACUAAACUCUCCAUGCGCAAUGCAGUGAAAAUGAAACCAUUCCGGAAUUUCACCCAGGAUUGUAUAAUACAAGGUGGGACUACAUUAAAUAUUACUAAAAAAUUUUUGUAGGCAUAUUUUUCGACAAUUCAAUCUCGGAUUAUGAAAAUUCACACCUCUUCACAGAAAAAAGGUACACUUGUUCCAUAAGGAUCAGAUGUAUCAUUAUCAAAUAAAAGCGAUUUGAAAAUAUUGUUACAUCUCAGUUAUUAUGCAUAACAUUGCAAUGAGUCGUAGUGGAAAUGCAGAAAAAAAAACAUUAAAAAUAUUGAUUACUUUUUUAUCAUAAUGUUCCUAUUUGUCGCGCUUUGAUGCGAUUGUUUGGUGAAAAGAAAGUAGUUGAUUGUCUUAUAGCCACUAUGAUUUGAAAAUUGGCAACGUUAUGCAUAUGCUGUGAGUGUAUCAAUCAUUUGAAAUCGUUUUCACUGGAAAAUGAUACAUCUGAUCGUAAAGAACAAGGACCCUUUUUUUAUGUGAAACGGUAUAAAUUUUCAUAAUCCGAGAUUGAAUUGUCGAAAAAUAUGCAUACAUGAAAGUUUGAGCAAUAUUUCAGGUAGUCCCACCCUGCAUUAUGCACUACUGAAUGACACUUUGGAAUUAUUUUAUGUUCACUGCACCUCCUCCUUUCAGGGGGCCGUAUAUCUCCUACGGGAGACAUUUUUCGGCUCAUGCUCAUUGAAACUGUCCUCCCUAUUUGUCAAAUGCUGGUGAAGUUUGGCAGAAAUAUAUAGUUCCGUGUGAAAAAGAGUUGCUGUGAUUGGUUGGGUUUCUGAAUUUAAUUAAAAAAAAAACAUCACGUCCGUAUCUUGAAGCAUGAAACUUGUUGCCUAAUUCAUAAAUUUGUGUUCGCCAUAAGGACCUGUGUGUUCAAUGUAUAAUACUUAUAUCUCAAAUUAUAAAACAUAACACAAUAACAUGAAACUUCAAUUGUGUCGCAGCCUUUACCCACAGAACGCCAAGUGGAUGAAAAUGAAUUGUUCCAGUUUAUCAAUUGAAUUUUAAGUUUUAAUCCGAUAUUUUUAUAUGGUUGAAUCAAUCCACUCAUAUCUGUUUUUUGACGGCUUGAAUUUGUGAAUAAAAACUUUUCAAUUACCACAUAUUUCAAGAAAAUUGAAAUUUAGUACUGAAUUCUCAAUUCUAGUACUUUUUCGAAGUGUGAUCAAGUAGGUACUGAGUAUAUAUUUUCGGUCAGGAACAGCUCUGGUGGGGAAAUGAGUUGUGGAGGCGAUGUUCCUAUUUACUAGUCUGGAUGAAGGGCGAGGUGUUCCGCGUAGAUCGGAAUUGUGAAAUGUGUGUACAGGGUGAUUCGUUUAGCUGAGACGGCCAUGUCGAACCACAAGGUGAAAUAAUUAUAUCACUUUGUACUACUAUACGCAUUUGAAAUGAAACAACUUUGACCACGUUUUUUUCUAAACCGAAUAGUCUUCUAGAUAUAUAUGGCUGUCUCCAAUUCAUUGUACCACUCUGUAUAAUCACCACUUAGGUAUUCGUUGGCGACACUUGGCAUAUCAGAAUUUUUCAUAUUGAUACGGCACUGCCCAAAUACAUUUAAAGCGUUACCAAUUAAUAUGUAACAGGUGUUUAUAUCUAGAGUACCUUUGUUCAGUCUACCUAUAUAAUUAUUUGCUACAUUCUGAUUUGCAAUUAUCUACCCUAUACAACAACAACAAUAUUAGAACAAAACAACAAUAUAUUUAUUCAAUCCAUCACCACUUUUUCAUCAAAUACGUUUCUAUGAAAUUUGGACCAGUUAUGUGUAUUACAUUCAUAUGUAGCAGAUCACUAUUUUUGAAAUUAAUUUGGAUCUCGAUAUCCUGAAUGAAUUUUGGUAGGUGUAAAAUCUCACUAAUCGCAAUCUCCUUGUAGUAUAGAUUGAAUCAGUAGAAGCUUUUGUAUACUAUAAUGACGUGGUCGGAUAUGAUGAGGAUGAACACAUUGUUGGUAUUUUCCUUGACUGUCAUCUUAUCUCUCCUUUCAACUUUCUGAUUGGAGCACCUUGUAUAUUAUUGAACGGAUCGGGGCAAUGAUGCAUACUGUGAUACAACAGCUGUAACAAGCUGCGAUAGCAGCUCAAAAUGCUGCUGUGUAAUUAAAUUUAUUUAAAGAAAACAUUAUAAUUACUAGAAACUUAUUGUAUCAUACUUAGCUGAGUGUAUGAUAAAUACCCUUACAGAUUGUCUGAUAUUUAUGGUCUCAUUAAACUGAUAUUCACACUUAUAUUUAUAAGGAAGACACCUUCUUUUAUUAUUUUAUAAGAUACUCAUUUCGAGCAGUAUAAAUUGGGAAAUCAGCUAGAGAUCAUGAAAAUCAUACACUCUGUAGUUUUGUUUUGCUGUGUUAUAUUCAUGUGUCCAGUGGACGCCGUGGCGAUGCCAGUAUUUAGCUUUACACCUUGUAUAUAAACAUGAGAAUUUAGUUGAUGAAGAGAUCACUGUAUUGUUAUUUAUAAUAAAUGAUAGAUGUCGUCAUUUUGUUCAGCAUGGUGAUAUAAUUUGUAAAUACUUAUUCACUGUGUAUUAUAAGACUGUUUUUAUUAUUUCCCUGUAUGUCGAUGUGUAUGCUUGUUCUCUCUUUCUCGCUCCCAGUACAAACUGUCCUCAUGUAUGUAUAAACUCAGUGAAUAUAUACUAGUUUAACCCCUCGAAGGGCAUUCACAUACGUAUCUAAAUUUCAAAAACAAAUCGUUAUUUUAAAAGUAAAUGAUAUUGUGUAAAUGUAAGUAUUCUGGAUUUUUUUAUUAUUGGAUUAAUGUACAAAUAUUCUUAACUGGUAACGUUAUCAAACUCUCUGUAUCUAUGAAUCCGUACAGCCAGUUGAAUUCUGUUUAAUUAUGAAAUAUAAAUAUUUAUC